UUAAUUAAUGUGGCAGAAGAUAAUUGCAAAAAAUUUACUGCCCCACUCGGUGUGUCAUUACUGAAUGUUAGACUGCCUUCUCAGGGCUGCCAUCCUCUUGGUUUGAUUUAACGACCUAAUGGAUCUCAGAAGAUGGAAUGGAUUGGGAGGAAGGUGUACUGUGAAGAUCUCUACCAAUGAGUUUAAAUAAAAAUAUGAAUAGCUGUGCACCCCCUUGCUGGGCCUGGAGUAGCUUGAGGUGUCUAAUUCUCAUGUGGGCACAAUGAAAAGGUCCUGAGACUGGAAAGUGACACUCCAUGUUGAUAACAGCUAAGAGUCAUGGCAGUUCUCCAGCAACUUCUGUCUGAAGAGCUCUAGCAUUUUGCUGGCUUCCCCAGUGACCUGGGAGUGUUUUUCUUUACAAGAAAGGGAGAGCUGGGGCCAUGUGCAUAUGACCUAGAAGAGCCCUUUGGUUGACUUCAUGGUCAGUUGUGACCUAUGGCUUUUCUUCAUGGGAGCAGGGAAGGGGGUGGCCUUAGCCCUCAUGUCCUCCAUGAGCAGGUUGGUUUGCACUGAUGGGCUACUCCAGGGGAGGAGUUGGAGCCCCAGCAGCACUCCCAGGUGUGAGCAGAUCCCAACCAGGGAAGUCACAGGCUGGGAGGAAUUCGAUAUCUGCACAGGUUGUCAAAUUCUUCUUGUUCUCAGGCUGCAAACUGGAUUCACAGCAGCACCUUCCAGCAGCACACAGGUUCUCCGUGGAGAGUUGUUCUUGCCUUUCUGGCAAUUACCUUUUCUGCUUACCAGAGAAUCAAAAGGAAAAAGGGUUUGAGAAAGGCAGAGUGGGUGCCUCAGCUAUUUCACUUUUCUCCUGUAUGCAGGUAAAUGGUCAAGCUCUCCCUCAGCACUGUUUGUUUAACAACUAAAAAGAAAGCACUUUAUGUCACUCCAAAGAGUAAAUAUCUGAAGUUAUGGAUUAACUAAGUUCCAGCAGAGCUCAUGGAGGAAGAACAGAUCACGCCGAUUCCCACUGAAUAAAGCAGUGACUCCUGCUGCAGGAUGUGGAAGCUCCUCACUGUGGGGCUGCUGCUGGCUGCUUGCUCUUCAUGGGGCUUUGGCGCCUCAAUAUUUUACAGCAGUAAAGAUGCAAACCAAGUCCUGAGAAUCCAGAAGCGGGCAAACACUUUCCUGGAGGAGCUCAAGCCAGGCUCAAUGGAGCGUGAGUGUGUUGAAGAGAUGUGUGACUUUGAGGAGGCCAGUGAGAUAUUUGAAACCAGGGAAGCAACACUAAGUUUUUGGACCAAGUAUGUAGAUGGAGAUCAGUGUGAGAAACACCCUUGUUCCAAUGGGAUCUGCAAGGACGAUAUUGGAAAAUUUUCCUGCAUCUGUAACAAAGGCUGGGAGGGGGUUUUGUGCAGCUAUGAGGUCAAAUACAGCAACUGUUCUGUGGAUAACGGGGGCUGUGAACAUUUCUGCAGGGAGGACCCCGCUGAGCAGCAUCGCUGGUGCAGCUGCGCAUCGGGGUAUCAGCUCAAGGAUGACCACACCAUGUGUGAGCCUGUAGUGGAGUUCCCCUGUGGAAGAGUGAAGUUUAACUACAUUGAAGCCAAAGCAGACUUCAAUAUUCGGCUCAUUGAUGGAACAGCUGGAAGAAGGGGAGGCAGCCCUUGGCAGAUUAUGCUGCAAAAUACCAAAGGGAAGUUUCUGUGUGGGGGUGUUCUCAUCCAUCCAGCUUGGGUCCUAACAGCAGCACACUGCCUCGAGGAGCACAAGGGGUUCAGAGUUAAACUUGGUAAAUUCCGUUUCCGUCCUGAGGCAGAUGAGCAAACCAUUUGGAUUGAUAAAUGGGUGAUCCAUGAAAAUUACACCAAGACGACCUCAGAUAAUGAUAUAGCCAUGCUGCAUUUGGCUGAGCAUGUGAUGUAUUACAAAUACGCGCUCCCAAUCUGCCUUCCCACCCGCAACCUGGCAGAGCAGGAGCUGAUGAGGAGUGGGAAGCAGAUGGUGGUGACAGGCUGGGGCAGCACAAGCGAGCGUAACACCAGCUACGCCGCUUCCCUCAGGUACAUCGAAAUCCCCAUUGUGCCCCGGAACGAGUGUGCCCAGGCCAUGAGCUUCCCUAUCUCUGACAACAUGCUGUGUGCUGGGAGCCUGGGAGACAGGAAAGAUUCCUGCAGUGGGGACAGCGGAGGCCCUAUGUUCACUAGAUACAAGGAUACUUGGUUUUUGGUAGGACUUGUGAGCUGGGGUGAAGGCUGUGGAAGAAGGGAGAAAUUUGGAGUCUAUACCAAAGUCAGUCAGUACCUUGAGUGGAUCCAGCAUCACAUAGAUAUGUCAGCUCCUUUGAAGGGUUGAUUCUGAUCCAGAGUCUGGAAUGUUGUGGCUCUGGGCUAGUGACAGUAUGCAGUGUAAUGUACUUUCAGAUCUUCAGUAUUAAAUAUUGAGUAUGUGUUAA